ACAAAACUUACGGGCUUCGCGGCUUUGACUUCCGGUUGUUGUUUUGAAACAAAUUGUAAUGUCGGAAAUUACAGAAAAUAAACUGAAGAAGGAUAUUUUAGAAAUUUUGAAAGGCGCCGACCUGAACUCUAUUUCUGCCAAGAAGGUGAGAAAGGAAUUAGAAGAAAAGUACGACGAAGAUCUUUUGGAAAAAAAACAGCAAAUAGACGAUCUCGUUAUGGCAUGUCUUGAAGAAAUGGAAGAGAAAGAGGCGCAUGAUUCGUCUGCCUCAGAGCCAGAAGAAGCUGCCAGCGAUGAUGAUGAACCAAAACUGAAGAAAAAGAAGAAAAAUCAAAGUGAUUCCGACUGGGAUGGUGACGACGACGACGAAGCACCAAAGAAGCCAAAAGCAAAACCAAAGAAGAAAGCUGCCGCUACAACAAAUGACAAACCAGAGAAAGCCGUUAAAAAGAAAACUGGAUACAACGCAGACCUUGUUCUCUCUGAAGCUUUAGCUAAAGUUGUUGGAGCAGAGAAAUUACCAAGAAGUGAAGUUGUCAAGAGAAUGUGGGGUUAUGUUAAGGAAAAGAACCUUCAGGUAAAAAUCUUGCAACCAUUACUUUAGUUUAUUUCCACUAUAACGAAUGAAAUAAUUAUACAAUUAGGAUCCUCGAAACAAGCAAUUUACCCUAUGUGAUGACGCUCUUCAGGAAGUUUUUGGUAAGUUUCCUUUCAUGAUUUUCUUUCCAGAAAGAUAAUUAUUGUAAUAUAUUUUAUUUACAGGCAGAAAAAGGGUUAAAAUGUUUGGAAUGAUGAAAUUCUUAACAAAGCAUAUGUCAGCUGAUACAUCUUAAAGCGAUUGAGAAAAAAAUUAAUCAAAAGCGUUUCACUAGGCAAGAAAAAAACUUGUGAAAAGAAACUUUUGUCAUUAUUUUUUUGUUUGUCUAUUAGAGAUUUUAUGUUGUACCGUCGUCUAUUUUGUUUAGUGUUUAUAAAAAAUACAGUUGGCUCAUUUUUU